CUUGAAUGUUUACAUUUAAAACACAGAAACAGGGUCUACACGUCUAGCUGUGCUGAUCUAGCCUAAAAACAUUUUAUAUUUUUAAGGAAAAUGACAUUACACAACAAUGACAUCAAGUAUUACAUUGCAAUUGUUACCAUUCUGUUUCGACUUCCGAUUGAAAUCGAGUGCUGCUCCCUGACCACAGAUUACAUCGUCAACCUUAUAUAUGACAAGGAAAAUUAUCUUCAGGAUCCAUGCUACAUUGAAUGGAAAGCUACUCAGGAUGCAAAACUGGCCGGCCCACAGAAACCGACAGUUGAAAGAGCACUGAUUGAAUUUGACCGAUGGCGGAUACAGGAAGCAAUUGAUGGUCAAUUGAAUCUACAGAAAAGUUAUUCUUCAUCGUCGCUUACCUUACCCGCGCUUGUAAUAAAGGAAUCAGCUUUUCCAAUAUCACUUGUCUUGACUAUUAUCGUGGUAAUAAUUUGUUGUUGUGUAAUGUGUUUUGUUAUACGUAACGAAGACGAUUCGACAACAGACACAGCGAUCGAAAUUACCCAAAGAGACGUUGUAAUGUCAAGUGAAUCUCUGAAUGUGCUGCAACCAACGUCAGGGGUAGCUAACGAUUCAUUGAUACACGGAGGCGUGCCUGCCAUAGCUAUUGGUAAUAGCAACUUCAAUAAUGUUGCUACUUCGUCGUCGCUGCAACAUUCUCGUGUCAAUCUACCACCUAUGGCAGCAAGACAAAAUUCACUUCCAAGUUACGACGAAGCUGUAAAAAUGGCUUCACCUCCUCCUGCACAAUAACUUACACAAAAUGCAACAAAAUACA